AUGUUCACACAUAAAAGCAAGCCUUCGGGAACUCCCUUCGCCGAGGAGCCCCAGACGAAGGCAACCACCAUGCCCCCAUUAAAUACCUCUUCAGCCCCUUUCGAGUCCAAUCCUGCUGCUGGUGGCGGGGCAGGCUCUCGGAAACGGGGUAGGGAUAUUUACAGCCUCGAGCGAUUUAAGCAAGUGGUAUUCGGCGAACGCGGGUUUCCACAGUUGCACGCGAUGGUGGCGCGAAACCCCAUCCUAAUGUAUCCUCCACUCAAUGUCGACGCGGUACGCCAACGUUAUUCGGAGGCGAAAGGCAUAGCGGCAGAGGAAACCAACGAGAAAUCUGCCAAGGAUCCAGACGAGGCCGAAGCCGGGGCCCCGAAAGACGGCGAUCCCGAAUCCGAUGAGGUGAUUCGGAACUAUCACCACAAACAACUCGAUGCCUUCCUCCACCUUCUUUACGAAUUCAAUCACAUGACCUUUGUGAAGUUGCCGAUGAAUGACACCCUCCAGUUGUUAUCGCGCUGUGGAAGAGAGGCGGUGGCGCACAUCACGGAGUUUGAGAUGCAUCAGCGGAUGAAACACCACACGCGGCUGCGGGAGUUGCGUACCUCUCAUGAAGAACGCCACCGCCUCCGAUCUCAGCUGAUGGAGUUGGAGGAGGUGCAGGCGCAGGCGGAGUUGGAUCGCGUGGAAGCCGCGCAGCGUGAGCUGGAGCUUAUGGAGGUGGAUCCUCUGAACGAGGGCGACGGGAAGCCCGAGGAGUGCGCUCCGUCAUAUAGCUUAAACGUCCUUGAAGAGAUGAAAGGUGGUGAGAGAAAUUCCUCUUUCCUUGAUGAUACCCAUGUGGGGACUCAACCAGAGGUCGAUGCAAUGAAUGGGCCGUUGCCCGCCCUCGAGGAAAAUGUCAGCGAUGGACCUGCGGAGUACGAUUCUAGAGGUCUGACCGCUAAACAUGAACCUCACCCUCUAAGCGAGCCUAGCCUUCAGCGGUCAGGUGAUGAUGGUAACCCAUACACAGAUCAUCUAUAG